AUACUUAUUUUAUCAACUACACACAGACCCACCUUUGGAAACACUCUCCACACUCUCCACACUUUCCUUUACCAUGUCGGAAACACAUCACGCAGACUACUCCAAUUAUUCUGAAAACAUUUCCAAAGAGGAAAUGCUUACCAAUGUUGUGGAGUCAUAUUCCGCUCUCGCAUAUGGUAUUGACAACUGGGUUGCCAACUUAUCCAAUUGUGCCUCUCUUCUUUGGCAUGGUUACCAUUCAGCAAAGGUGAAGGUCAACUGGACUGGGUUUUACGUGGUGGACCCUAAGGACUCUACCCAAUUGAUCUUGGCUCCAUUCCAGGGGAAAGUUGCUUGUCAACAAAUUAAGAUUGGAUCUGGAGUUUGUGGUGCUGCAGCUUCAACUCUCAAGACUCAACUUGUUCCUAAUGUGAAUAAAUUCCCCGGUCACAUUGCAUGUGACGGAGAAACUCAAAGUGAAAUCGUCGUACCCAUUCUUGACAAGGCCGGUAAAUUAGUUGGAGUUCUCGAUCUUGAUUGUUUGACUUUGGAAGGUUUCGAUGAAUUAGAUCAAAAGUAUUUAGAAGAUUUAUGUAAAAGUAUCGGUGAAACUUGUUCAUGGUGAGUAAGUUAAAAGUAAUAUAAAAGUUAAGAAUUGGAUAGGAUCACC